GUCCUAGGCCGCCCAAUGGAAGACGUAAAGGCCACAUAUUCAAUCGGCAAAGAGCUCGGCAGAGGCCAAUUCGGUGUGACUCACCUCUGCACAAACAAAUCCACAGGCGAGCAAUUUGCGUGCAAAACCAUCGCCAAGCGUAAAAUGCAGACCAAAGAGGAUAUCGAAGAUGUUCGCAGAGAAGUACAGAUUAUGUACCAUUUGACAGGACAACCGAACAUAGUUGAUUUGAAAGGAGCAUACGAGGAUAAGCAUUCUGUGCAUCUGGUGAUGGAGCUUUGCGCGGGUGGGGAGUUGUUCGAUAGGAUUAUCGCAAAGGGGCAUUAUACUGAGCGAGCUGCAGCAUCACUGAUGAGGACUAUCGUUCAGAUAGUGCACACUUGUCAUUCAAUGGGGGUUGUGCAUAGAGAUCUUAAGCCGGAGAAUUUCUUGUUGCUGAAUAAGGAUGAGAGCUCGCCGUUGAAGGCCACUGAUUUUGGGAUGUCUAUGUUCUUUAAAGAAGGUGAAAUUUUCAGGGAUAUUGUUGGCAGUGCAUAUUACAUUGCACCCGAAGUUCUAAAGCGAAAAUAUGGACCAGAAGUCGAUAUAUGGAGUAUCGGUGUCAUGUUAUACAUUCUUCUAUCAGGAGCUCCUCCAUUCUGGGCUGAAUCGGAACAUGGAAUUUUCAACGCUAUUCUUCGAGGUCAUGUUGAUUUUAGUGCUGAUCCAUGGCCGAGUAUCUCAUCUGGAGCAAAGGAUCUUGUUAAAAAGAUGUUAACUUCAGACCCCAAACAAAGAUUGACAGCAUUCCAAGUUCUAAACCAUCCAUGGAUCAAAGAAGAUGGAGAAGCACCAGAUACACCUCUUGAUAAUGCUGUACUCGGCAGACUGAAGCAGUUCAGGGCGAUGAACAAAUUCAAGAAAGCUGCAUUAAGAGUAAUAGCUGGAUGUUUAUCAGAAGAAGAAAUAAGAGGACUAAAAGAGAUGUUCAAGGGCAUGGACACCGAUAACAGUGGAACUAUAACACUCGAAGAACUAAAACAAGGUCUCACAAAGCAAGGAACAAAACUGUCAGAAAUGGAAGUUAAACAACUAAUGGAAGCUGCCGACGCAGAUGGAAAUGGAACGAUAGACUACGAAGAGUUCAUCACCGCGACGAUGCACAUGAAUAGAAUGGAUAGAGAAGAACAUUUGUAUACAGCGUUUCAGUAUUUCGACAAGGAUAAUAGUGGUUUUAUCACGAUUGAAGAGCUCGAGCAGGCGCUUAAGGAGAAGGGCUUGUAUGAUGGAGGGAACAUUAAGGAUAUCAUCUCAGACGCUGAUUCUGAUAAUGAUGGAAGGAUAAAUUACAGCGAGUUUGUGGAGAUGAUGAAGAAAGGGAAUCCAGAACCAAAUCCAAAGAAGAGGAGGGAUGUGUUUGUAUGAUGAGCAAAAAGGUAGCGAUCGAGUCAUGGUGUAAAAUUAUGAGACUCAUUGUAAUGUUGAGUGUAAUAUAAUUUUGAGUUUUAGUAAGGGUUGUUGUGCAUAGCAA